UUUGUCUUCUGCGCUGAUCCCCUGAAGUGUUCUGGCUUUAUCCUUGCCUACACGAUUCCCAUGAAAGCAAAACUUACGAGAAUACCUACAAUCACGCCAGACGGACAGCCCACCUCAUCCCACCUAGGCCAUUGUAGGCACAUCUCCAUCGCAAGUAUCUACGCAUUACGCAAGUAAAGAACGGUACGGUACGGUACGAGACCAGACCGUACGAUCCGCGCCUGCGCCUAGGUGCAAGUGACUCAGAAGCAAAUUGACCUGUCUUGUACCAACGCAAAGGCCGACCACACUACGCACCACCCAGCACGCCCCUCACGCCCUCGGCCCCCCAGUCCACUCGCGAUAAUGUCUAAAACGACAGUUGAUCCAGCAGCGCUGACGGGUUUUGGCAUCGACGACUUCAGUGAUCCAGUGAGCUUUGUUGACGUUGACACACUAGACCAAGAGCCUCUCUUCGCCGCUGAUUGGGACCAACCUCAGCCAGCAAUGGGGACCCCUCCUUACGAUGACGGCAAUCUCUAUUCCACCCCAUUGAACUGGGACCCUCCAGAAGCCAAAAUCGAACCACUCUACGCCGGACAAUACACCAAUCAUACUAUGAAUACCCUCACCCCCGAAGUGCGCGAAAAACUGCGCAACAUCGCCAUGCCUAGCCACCUUCAGUAUCGCGGCCACCACAGUCCCAACUCCACGGUGAGUUACAAGAGCAAUUCCAAUUCGGCUUCGUCGCCCAAGACCAACGGCAGCAACAGCAGCCGCAAGCGCAAGUCCUCUGCCUCAGGUGACGACGAGGACGAGGAUCCUGCCGAAGGGCACCCGCCGGUGAAGAAGACAGCCCAUAAUAUGAUCGAAAAGCGAUAUCGAACCAACCUAAAUGACAAGAUUGCUGCGCUACGAGAUAGUGUACCCAGUCUCCGGAUAAUGACCAAGAGUGCCCGCGGCGAAGACACUGCUGACGAUAGGGAAGAGCUGCAAGGAUUGACACCUGCCCACAAACUAAACAAGGCAACUGUUAGUAACCUCUUCCAUUGCAAGUACAGAACAUCGAUUAACGCUGCCCUAUUAGGUUCUCAGUAAAGCCACCGAGUACAUCCAAUUUCUAGAGAGGAAGAACAAAAAACUACAGGCGGAAAACGAGUUGCAAAAGGCUCGUAUCGCUGCAUUUGAGACGUUGUUCCACUCGGGUUCAUUCCCCUCUAAUCCUCAUCCUCAUCCCCAAAUGACGAAUCAGUUUCAAUACCCCCGAGACUACAAUACUCCAGGUCAUUCGCCAACUGGUGAUCCUCAGGGCUUGAUUCCAGUUCCAGAGAAUAUUCAACGUCUUCACGCUCAAGCGAACCGACAAGCACCAUAUCCCGUUCCACAACAACAAUUCAACCAGAAUCGACAACCAGUUGGACAAAACGGCUGGCAAACUGGAGGGGGAUACUUUGGCAAACUAAUGGUUGGAUCUUUAGCCGGCCUAAUGCUCAUGGAAGGUUUCGCCGAAACCGAGCAGACAACUGCUACUCCUGGCGGUCGUGGUCUCUCUGCGCUCCCAUUCCAGCUUAUUGGAACCCUUUCGAAAAGCCUUUACUCUUCAAUGGACGUUAGGCUACUUGGUUACCACGUUUCAGCAGCCCAAUCCCUAAAUUAUAUGAAAAUCUUCUUGGUCAUCGGUGCCUUUGUAACGAUUGUCCUUCCUUCCAUGUCCACAAGAACCUCAAGAGUAAAGAAUGACAAGACAAAACCUGCUGAGCUAUCCGCGGCACCAUCACUCGCAUCACCAAUUCAUCUACGUCGACAAUCUUGGCUUACCGCAAUUCAAACAGUAUGGGUGCCACGUCAUAACUUCUUCCUCGAGGCGGCUGCUCUUUGUCUUAAAAUUGCAAAGCUCAGCAUUCGCAACUUUAUUGGUUCGGAAGGCUACGCCUAUCUGACCGGUAUUACUCUGCAAGAAGAGGCUGCCAGAGUCAAAGCCUGGGAAAUUGCCCUGGAUGCUCAAUUGGCCGGUGGCGAUGUUGAGGUAAGCAAGAGCCGACUGACUCUGACUUUGUUGGCUUCAGGCACUCUGCCAGAUACACCAGCCAGAUUGAUGCUCAAGGCAUUACAUAUUCGAGUACUCCUUUGGGAGGUGGGUAAUGCCGGCUUCAAUGGCUUCUACAUGUUUCAUGAGAUUGCUGCAAAGAUGGCUCGUUGGAAGUGGAAUGAGGCAAAGACAAUGCACCGAAUUCCCAUCCAAACUAAGGAAAAGCCCGAUGGCCAUUUUCCAGAAUACCUGCAGGCUCUUCUCGAGGAAGAAUGCGAUGACGUUCUCACCGAUUGCAUUGGUCAACGCGCUUAUAACCUGGCUUGGAACCUUCCAACCACUUUUAACGUCCUCGGCUCCAGCGAUGGCAUGAAUGGGGUCACAGAUGAUUCUGCCAUUCGAAGCCCGCUCGAUGCCGUAGCUGCAUGGUAUUCUAGCCUUGUUCUUCAAAGAGCACUCACCAACAGCCUCGACACGAAGACUGCCGUUGACAAAACCCAUAUUACAAUCGCCAAAGACAUUGCCCUUGCUAUCAAGGUCGCGCCUACAGGAUCUCGGUCUCAUUCACAAGCGUUGGUAGCUCAAGCUCUCCUUGUGCAGGAUAAUCGUAAAGAAAACUUCAAAAAUGCUGUUCGCAUUCUAUCUCCUUUCAAAGCAAAAGAUGCGAAGAACGCGACGUCUACGCUCAUCGACUCGACUUCUACCGUUUCUAGCCUCCCAGACAUUCGCAUGACGUUGCGAUGUGCCGAAGCAAUUACGUGUCUCGAUGAGUUUCCCUCGCCACAAAACCCCGUUGGUGCACACCCUACCAUCAAUGCCAUUGCCCCAGCCAUUGUCCCCGCGAACCUCAGUCUCCUCAGCUUCACGGCUGCAUUUCACCUCAUGGAAAAAUUGCAUGCUCAUGAGAAGAUGGCGGUUAGCUGUUCUAUGACAUUGGAAAAACUGGCCGGUAGCUUGCGAAUUUGGAUCGGCGGUCCGUAUGGUGAAAAGAGUGGUCUUGAGAAGAGUGUCAAGAAAGACAUGGUGGAGCGAUGUCUGACGAUCACGAAACAUGUUCUUGGAAUGGAGAAGGAUGCGGGUUAUGAGAGCAUGAGUGAGGGCGAUACGAGUGAGGGUUGUUGAUCGGCUUCUGGAUAUUGGACUUGAUAUUCUCUGAUCUUCUCUUGCCCUGCAUUACUGAGGGAUUUCACAUUCUUGGUUGUACAUUGAUGGGUAAAUUGCUUUUGGGGGCGUUUAGCGGGUACUGGUACUCGAACUUGAUGCACCGAAUGAUAUUCAUGUGUGUGAUGGGGCGUUGGGA